AUGUCUUCACAGGCGGAAGCACAGAAGCAACGGCGUUGCCGCCUUAUCCUCGUGUGCAGUGACGGCGACGCGGCCGAUAUCAGGUACAUCGGUUUCAUUCUUUCAAAGGCUGCCUGUCAUUUUACUCCACCAAGGGACAGCAGUGACGCUGACAGUGUAGCCACAAGGUCGUCGCGGGUUGUAUUAGAUGAGCAGGAAACUGAUGACUUUGAUCAAAAUGGCGUCGUGGCAGAAGUGCAAGCAGCAUUCAUGAAGUAUAUGAGUGCAAAAAGGGGGACAAAUGUUCCGGCAACCGCCAUUGGGGCUGCUCCAGCAAAAGGUGGGAAACCCAAAGGUGGAAAAGCGGCCGGGGCAUCGGGAGCCAAGGGUGCAACUGCACUUAGUUCUCCAACGGAGGGAUCUCAAAAGACGCAGGCAGGCGAUGGUAACUCGUGGUAUUCGGUAGUGCAUAAUCGUCGUUGUACACGACCACUGGUGAUUGUGCAUCAUAUACCGUCAUUCGAUCGCCCAGAAGAGGAUGCCGUCCUGGCAGCUGCAUUACCGCGCAAUCCAAAUCCUGCAGAUGCUGUUGCGACCAUUCAAAAGGCUUUGUGUACAAUUGUGGAUGAAAUGGAGGGUAGAACUGCGCCCGUAUCUCGAAGAGUCUCCAGGGCUCGUUCAGUGUCGCUGCGCGGCGAUGCCAGUGAAGGGUUAAAGGAAGCACCAAGGGUGGCUACACCGGUACCGCUUACGCGUAUGGAGGCGCACGCAAAAGAGAUGAGUAUUCUCCCCGUUGUUGUUCCCAUUCGAGAUCCACGCGUGUUAGCGUUCUUGUUAGGACACGGGUGUGACGCCCCACCCAAGCGGCUCGAUAUUCGUUUGGUUGUGAACUUCGUCGAUGCACCCACUUCUCCGGGCGGUACGGCUCAAGUAGCGGGUGUGAGUUGUACUCCCUCUAGUCAGCGACAGCGGACAACACCUUCCUCUAAACGGCAACCGGGCCGUGACGCGGCAGCGGGGCAGACGGCUAGUGGGAGUAAGGAAGGCGACGUUAAUACAGUGGCUCCCAGUGGCAGUUCAUUUGCUGGAGUAAUUGAACAGUGCGCGCGACUGGGGCUUGCUACAACGAUAACUGAUACCGAUGCUGCUUUGCAUGCGUACACCGCACUAUGUAUGCGUGAAAUAGUAGAAAAUCGUGGGGAUGAUAAGAGUUCUGUGAUCAGGCGAUGUUUAGAUUCUGUGCUUCCCACUGUGUUCAACGUGGUGAGUAAUAUGACAUAUUACACUAGAUGUAUGUCCACUAAAGCGACGUAUCAAUGCCCGAAUUUACCUUUACCUCUACCACAGGAGGAGGCUGCUACGUUCCCUCCGCCUUCUGGGGGAUCUGUGGAGAGGGGUCGCCCACACUUUUGUGAGGACGCUCCCCGAUCUGUGUGUCCAGGUUGUGAACCCUCAUUCCCUUUUAGGGACUGGUCGCACUACCUUCAGGGGAGGAAGGUCUGUGAUCAGUGGACAUGUGUAUCUGCUCUGCACGCGCUCGCUGCACAGGUUACUGUGUCCCUUGCUAGGAGGCAAACUCCCAAAUAUGUGCGUCCUGUGCCACGAGAAGAACUAACUCCAGUGCAUGAGGUGCAUAGCACGCCUCAUAGUGAAACUGUCAGUACUGGGAAGGAACUCUCUGGCACUCAUUCUCUGCUACCCCAGUCUAUAUACUGUUAUGCGGAAAAGGAACCCAUAUUGUCGGCCGCGUUUCCACGACACGAAGGUAUAGAUGACGAGCCUCUAAAUGAGCAGAUAGAAGCAGCUGUGGAUGCUGCAACGAAGCGUCAUGCCAGUGAGUCGAAGCUGAAGGACCGAAAGUCUCCAGGAAGGUUGCGAAAACAAACCCAGUCACCAUCACCGAUCCCACACUCCCCCAGUGAACUCGCUUCAACUCAGCACGAGGGCAACGAUCCCGCGGUAAUGCUACCUCUGGACCACACAAUGGAUCGCCCCUUCCCACAACCCACGCAAAAUGAUGUGCGCUGCUUAACGCGGGAGUUUGUCCAAAAGGGGCUUGGAGUGUUCAAGCAAGAUAAUCCAAUUACAAUGACUCUCUCUUUGCCAAACGGGGGAAGGUCAUACAGUUCGAUGCGCGCGCAGGAGCUGCUGGAAGAACCAAUGAACGGACUUGUCUUGAACAUGGCGGAGGAGGGUGUGGACUUACGUUUAUUGGAGCGCGUAGAAAAGCUGUUCUCGUGCACAGACAGGACAUCUGGAGUUACGUUUGACAAGAUAAGAGAGGCAGCGGAGGCUGCCGCUCUUAGGGCUCCCUUUGUCGACGAAAAACUGCAGCGAAGUGUAGAACGGAGUUUGACACCCCGGGAACGGACGCACGUUCUUCAGUGCUUUUUUCUGGAAAUGAUAGCAGCUGCAAUUGGCGUUAGUGACAAAGUUGUAAACGCCGACUUUCCAGAAGGCAGGCAAUCCAACAGUGUGUCUAUCACCGCGUUAACACCGUCGUUACACGAGGGGUUUUAUCCGAACGCGCGACCGCUUGAGGAGAACAUUAGCAAACGUGCUGCGAUCCGGUGCCUCAAUGACUUCUCCUCCCGCUUUGGUGAACACCUCUGUCGAUUGGUGCGGUGCGUAGUACCGGACCCCCUCGAGUCAAUAUACGGUAAUCUUGCGAUGUUCCGUUCUGUGGGAGCGGAAAACACACGUGUACGGGAUAAGGUUGUUGCCGUUAUGGCGGGUGGGGUGGUCACACCAAUACAGCGGCAAUCGAUACGUGUAUGGUGUCACUAUAUUUCUGGUGUGCCGUCACUCGACCAGUUUAACGAGUUACUUUCUUCUGAGUCGGUGUGUCUCGGUACAACUUUAACCUUACCAACGCUGUCGAGCGCACCAACGGACAUCGCCAAGACGUUUGGUGCGACGCAGUGUUUUGGAGGAGAUCUGGGUGAUGCUAUAAGGGUGCAACUCCUGCGGGAUCUACGCAAUUCUCCACAAUUUAUUAUUCCUCAACUUGAGGAAGUAGUGAGGGGAAGGGGUGUUUGGCGCUCUGAAGGGGACAUCCAAACAGCACUCGAAGGACGACACACUUUGUACCCGCACGACAAUAGUAUUAUUGAAGUGAUUACGACUGACCGUAGCCGAAUUUGCCGUUAUGUGAGGGCGAGUGAAAUAAUAUGCACGCUCCACUAUUAUAUUGCACCACCACCCCGCGCUGCCCCCUCUUCCUCUCCCGCUGUCACUAAUGCCACGUCUACUUCCGCUCAAACGGCUGGCGAAGCGGUGGACGGAGGCUUUUCUGCAUGCUCCUCUGCACCUCCAUCGUCACGGCGAAAGGAGGAAGAGCUUAUGUACUUCACUGCGGCCUUUGAUGACGGUGUGGUCCUUACCUGCUCUGCACGACCUCGUUACAGACUCCAAUAUGCAAAUUCUACUAUUAACAGCGACAAAGAUGGCGCCUAUGGAAGUGGCUUCACUCCGCGCGACGCACUGAAUGGACGGGGAAGGUUGCAAUCGCGGAAGAGCAUAGGUCCUUUUUCUGGCCGAGUGCGCGGCGGUUUGCCGGGUUCAGCUCAGGGUCCAACACAAGCACUUAAGCGCCGCUUGUCCCGUAGGCCCAGGAGUAGAAGCAGAGGUGAAGACGACGGGUCAAACUCUGGUAAGAAUGCCCAGGAAGGGAUGACACGAACUUUCCCUGUUGAUGAUAGUGGCUCUAUCCUAUUGUGGCCUGCUGUGAAAGAUCCAAAACACCCGCAUGAGACUGCCGUUCAACUUCCAGUACAGCAUGGUGUUCCAGCGGUGGCAAUCACAGUUUCUGCUGGUGGUGUGAGCGUUCAUAACGAAGAGCACGAAGGAAUCCUGUGGUUGUCGAGACACGAUUCCAUGCGACAUCCCGUUCCAGAAUUAGUACGUUGUGCGCAUUGUGUAGGAGAGGAAGUGGUAUUGCAGAGAUCCAUGGAGGUGGAGGUUCGUCGGGCUCUUAUUGAAGACUCAGGGAUUGUGUGCCGAUACUUUCACUCCGGCACGACCCAGAUGCUGUACCCAGACGGUAUGAUAGUAACAGGUUAUCCCGUGGCCCCUGUAGGUGGGGUUUCAAGCACUCAAGAAGAUGGUGCGCAACCCGUUGUUGAAACAGUAUUAACACCCGAGGGACUGUGCUAUGUGCGGGAAGUAGGUCUGGAAGAGACCGGGAGCCUUCAUCCCGUUCCAUCAGGAAACGUGGAGUCCUGUAUGACGUAUGAUCGUUGCAACCACUGCCACACAAUGUCGCGGGCCGAUGGACUUAUUGUGGUUACGUACAAUAAGUAUUUUCCCCAUAAAACCAAGAAGGAGGGCAAUGCUGCAAGUCUCGGGGCAGGAAAAACGGAUCAAAAGCACGGGUGUGGUGGUGGUUUCGAUGAAAUGGUACUCGCUCGCGUUGCGCUCCACGUUGAUGGAACGUGCAUCACUAGUCUCUUAGGUGGUCUUCUGCAUGAGGCAGAUGAGCAUCUUCCCGUCCCACUGGCCCCAUUACUGGAGGACGCAGCCGCCGUACAAAGCUCAUGCGAUGCGGAUGUGCAGUACUGUGUGGAAGGCCCCUUUUUUCCGCGUGUGUUCCUUUGUGCGCCACUUUAUAAACCCGUCGAUAACCAAGCUUCCCGGGCUUCCCGUGCGGAGGUAUCUUUCGGAGUGGGUGAUAACCCCAAGGUUUCGUCGCAACUGAACGAUAAAGAUGUUUCGCACGAUGGGAACAACAAUAGGGGGCUUUUGUCUCCCCUUUCUCAAGGUGCCGAAGAAAAUGCAAAUUCCUCUUAUGUCGCUUCGUUUGCUCGUGAUCCAGCUCCCACGAACGACCCCAAACCAUAUGACCGGUUUUACGUGUUGUUUGGCGAUGGAACGGUGCUACGGCGGCGCGUCAUAUACCGUGGAAUGCGCGGUACAGUCACACCUUUUCUUGAGACUCUUUUCACUCGCCGAAGCGAGACAUCCGUGCGCAUACUCCACGAGUCUGGUGUUGUUAUUGUAGAACCUGCGGAAGCGGGGUUGCGGAACAGAUCGUCGGUGAUGUCGAUGGCUGUGGGUGAGGGCUUUCCUGUAUUUGACGUAGCCCUUGGUGGGUUGCGGUUAGUGGAUGGACGACAGCACCUGACCGAAGUCAAACAUCUUUACUCUUCAGGUCCUGUGCAGUCAAGCAUUCGAGGGUACACGCUGGAACACCUACUCAGGCAACUUGUCCUUCCGAUGUAUACACCACAUAAGGUAACGAAGGCGCGGUGGCAGGCAAUGCGCCGGGAGGAGAUUGAAGCGGAAGAAGAGGACAGACGGAACCGCAUCAGUGGAAAGUGCCCCCCUUUAACCAACCGACUGCGUGAAAUAGCCGAGGAGUUUGUUAUUGCCAACAACUUGCUGUCUAUGAGCCUACUUAAGUCUGCCGCCCAGGAAAGCAAGAGGUGCAGCGAACCUCCGAGUGCGUCUGACGCCAAGUUGCCUGGCUCAGCUACCCCCAUAUGGGGCCAACGCACCCAAUAUGACAACCUGCUUAAAAAUGCGGCAAAUGUCCAACCGAGGGAACACCCACAACUCGUAGAUGUGUUCGACGCACAGUCCUAUUUUCCACAGGACUCCUCCCCCCCAACGGUCAUUGCCCCGCUUUUUUUCUCCGAGAUGCAGGACGGUAGAGUUGUUCAAUACCUUCAACUACGUGACGUGAACGACUUCAUAAGGGAGAGGGCAUCUGGAGUGACACCUGUAUUUUUGUCUCUUAGCACCUGCACCGGCGAGCCAGGGGUGCAACAGAUGACUUUUUUGCGACUGGCUGAAAACAAGGAAAUGAUUGACGCUGAUGAACCUAGCGUGAACAAGAUGUCGUUGCAUCGAUCACCCUAUAACUGGGGUACGUCACAUGCAGUGACAGCGUCUUCGCUCGCAGCAGAGUGUGGUCUUACUGAUGCAAGAACCGGCGCUGCUGGAAAUGUUAUGAUGUUGGGGUCAAAACUUGGUGAAGCUGUCAAUCAGCAGCGCAACCUUGCUUUGUUCUCAGGUGGCACAAGCUUGUUUCCCACGUCGCGUUGGUUACCAGUCGUGCUACAACCGCCGCGGAGAUUUCUGAAACAUUGUCGGCAUUCCAUGAAAGAUACUGGGAAAGUAAACUUUAAGGCAGAUUCUGCCUUUUCCGGUGACCGCAUCGGUGGAGGGGCAAACGUGAUUGAUGCUCCUGCAGGUUCCCACAAUUUGACGGUGGGCGACUCUCCAAUUGAACAGCUUCGCAUGUUUUUCAAAUUUUCUGAUGUCGCGGGGGUUGUCCAACAGCUUCUCCUAUUGGAGGUUUCGCGCCGGCAGCGGCAGUUGGCAUCGCUUGUGCAGUACUCAAAAGCUGCAGGUACCACAUGCGGUUUCGGGGGAACGCCAGUGGAUGAUCCUCUCUGCGAAGGGAGUGAGAGGCCUACCGCUGAUGAAACCGCAAGUUUCAAUGGCACAGCACCGGUGGAGUGA